GUCUUAUGUCACGUAAAAAUACAACUAUUACUUGUGGCGUAUUGCGGCUUUCUCGGUUUGAACUCCAUCUUAAACCUCACUACAGCUAAAAUGAUUAAGGUAUGUAUACUGGAAAGUCCCAUUCGCUUUAAUAAUUGGUCACUGGCAAAUUGUAUGGCGACAGUUUCCCAACAAGGGUAUUGGAUGUUCAAUGAGAUAUUUACUCACGUUGUUGUCUUGAAAUUGAACUUCUUUCAAAUUGUUUCUCAGAUGAAUUUAAUCUUCAUGUGAUAUUUUCACGGGAUAUAACAAACAUAACUAAAAUCGUAGCCAAGUUAGUGUAGACCUAAUGGCGUAGACUUUAAUUUUUGAUGUUUUUUUGCUUUCCCGUCGAUUAAUCACGUCGCUAUUUUCAAGCAAUAACCUAAACUUUACGUUGCGAAGAAUAAUGGCUAGAGUGCCUUUUUAGGACGACGAAAGCUGAGAUUUUUGGGUCAUUGUAAAAAUUCGAUUUCCCAUUUAUUGCUUAGAUCGUUAGGGUGAUAUUUACACAAAAGAAUGAGUAACGGGAAAGUUAUCCUAGAAGGAAAGAUGAUGGACUUUAUCAGUAAGACAAUAACAGGAGCCUCUACCCUGUCAACUCAGUUUUAGAGAGAAGACGUGCGAAAUGCGGUUAAAUUCAGUGCGAAGUCUACGUAAAAAUAAGCAGUGAGAAAAUUGAAAAAAUGCAUUGAUAUUUAUUUUAGUAACGAAGAGCACCGAUUUGAAAUCAUCGGGUGAUUCUGUUUUGGUAUUGACUUUUCCUAACAGGGAAUUGUGGUUUUCAUCCUUUUGACGUGCAUUGGAGCAUUUUGCCAACAAUUAAGCGUGGACAAAGUGAUCACCAGAGACGCCCACCAGUCAAUUCGGGCACGUUCUCCUAAGCCAAACUCUCCAUCUGGAAGAUAUGCCGAGCCACGUCAAAAUUACCGUGAAGAUGACUGCUGUGUCAAGAAGAAGAUAGUGCAAAAUGGAAAAAUCAAGACUCAGUGUCGCAGCGAGCAUCCUGAUUGUUUCAGUAAAUCAGAUCCCAGAAGCCCGUAUUUUGGGAUGUGCGAAACUGUACGGAACAGUCAAAAUGAUGUAGUUGCUUGUCGAUGCGCUGGUCAAAAACGAGAUAGUAACCCUAACUGACCUUUGUUUAAUUAAAAUCUUUAUCACGGGAAGUUCUUAAUAAUCGCCUUAAAAAAAAAAGAAAAGAGGCUAUUUAGCCUCUGUAUUAUUGCCUUCUCUGCAUCGGAAUAAUUUGAUUUACAAUUCUGCACCAUUGAUGACAAUGAGUGAUCUCCAUAGAGUAAAUAUUACAGAAGUCAGUUUUCCUUUCAGCUUUCUUCUCUUAUUUCUUUUGCUUGAUUUAAUCACAUUAAAACUAUUUGUUUACAAGUGUCUUUCGUUAUCUAAAUUAGCGAAAAAUAUUUAUAGACAUAUGUAAAUGAUAGUGAAACUGCUCUUGGGUUUCAAAAAAGAGUGACCCGUUCCAAGUUGAUUCCCGUAAGAAACUACCGGCUUAUGUAAGCAACGUAUAAUAUAGCCUGUAAGUGCAUCACAGAAAUCAGAGGGGUUGACCUCGAAAUUUUUCAGAGAAUUUCAACUUCAUUUGAGAAAAAACUUUUUAUUAGGCUAAAUAAAUAAACUUUGAU